UUUAGAUGAAUGUUUUUGAAUAAUUUAAAAUAUGCGAGAUUAGACUCUUUAAUAGUUAAAACAUUGUCUCUUUAUAUUUAUCAAGCUGUGAUUAAUUACAGAUAAGUGGAGAACUACAAAAGAGAUAUCUACAAUGGUAAAAACCUCAUUUUUAAUUUUUUUUUCGGUUUCUGCUGUACUGUUUGGUGGCGCUGCACUGGUUGCGGAUGUUCCACAAACGGCCAUAGCAUGCGAAAGGGACGAUCUUAAAAUAGAUUGCAAAGGCAAGGGAACUAUUGAAAUAAUUGAUGCAAACUACGGCAGGACAGCGUCAGGUAUUUGCCCUGGUGCUAACAACAUGAACACAAAAUGUGAUAACCAAAAAAAGUCACUUGAAGUUGUUUACAACAGCUGUUCAUUCAAGUCUUCUUGUACAGUUAAAGCUGCUAAUAGUGUGUUUGGUGAUCCGUGUGUUGGAACAUACAAAUAUCUUGAAGUAAAAUAUACUUGUAAACCAAAAGUUUUACGAGCUUGUGAAGGUAGUGAUCUGAACAUUGAUUGCAAUGGUGAAGGAACAAUUGAAGUUGUUUCUGCAAACUAUGGAAGAACAUCUUCAGAAUUUUGUCCUGGAGCUCAAGACUCUAAUAUAAAAUGUGAUAACGAAUUAGAAUCAUUUGACAUUGUUCAUAAAAGCUGUUCAAGUAAAUCUUCAUGCACUGUUAAAGCCUCUAACUCGGUGUUUGGUGAUCCAUGCGUCGGGACAUAUAAAUAUCUUGAAGUGCAAUACACGUGUAAACCAUUUGUUACUCUUGCUUGCGAAGGAGACAAUCUCAAAAUUGACUGUAAUGGACUAGGAUUUAUUGAAAUUGUAUAUGCUAACUAUGGAAGAACUAUGUCAUGUAUAUGUCCUGGUUCUAAUGAUUCUAACACAGAAUGUAAUAACGAAAAGAGUUCACUUGAAAUUGUCCGCAAUAGAUGCUCUAAUCAACCAUCUUGUAAUGUUAAAGCUUGCAACACAAUAUUUGGUGAUCCAUGCGUCGGAACGUAUAAAUUUCUGGAAGUGCAACAUAUUUGUAAACAUCAAUCACAAGUUGCACGAGCAUGUGAAGGAAAUGAUCUAAAUAUGGAUUGCAAAGGUAAAGGAACUAUUGAAGUAGUCAAUGCAAACUACGGUAGAACAAUGUCUGGUGUUUGUCCUGGUGCCAACGACAUAAAUACAAAAUGUGAUAACAAAAAAAAGUCACUCGAUAUUGUUCAAAACAGCUGUUCAGCUAAGUCGUCAUGUAUUGUGAAAGCUGCCAAUGCAGUGUUUGGUGAUCCAUGUUAUGGAACAUACAAAUAUCUUGAAGUGGAGUAUAAUUGCAAACCACAGGUUGCAAGAGCAUGUGAAGGCAAUGACCUUAUAAUUGAUUGUAACGGAAAAGGGACAGUUGAAGUGGUUUACGCAAACUAUGGUAGAACAUUAGCUGGUGUAUGCCCUGGCGUUAAUGACAUAAACACGAAAUGUAUUAAUCCAGAAAAAUCAAUCGAUAUUGUUCAGAACACUUGCUCAGCUAAGUCUUCUUGUAUUAUUAAAGCCAGCAAUACUGUAUUUGGUGAUCCAUGCGUAGGAACAUAUAAAUAUCUUGAAGUACAAUAUAACUGUAAACCGCAAACUGUGCGUGCAUGUGAAGGAAAAGAUCUAAAAAUAGAUUGUGAAGGAAAAGGAGUGAUAGAUGUUAUUAACGCAAACUACGGUAGGAUUGUAUCUGGUGUUUGUCCUGGUGCUAAUGAUAUGAACACGAAAUGUGAAAACCAAAAAAAAUCACUAGAAGUUGUAUAUAACAGUUGUUCAUCAAAAUCAACUUGUGUUGUUAAGGCUGAAAAUGCUGUGUUCGGUGACCCAUGUUAUGGAACUUAUAAAUACCUCGAUGUGCAGUUUACUUGUAGACCACAAGUUGCACGAGCAUGCGAAGGAAAAGAACUUAGAAUUGAUUGUAAUGAAGAUGAAACAAUUGAAGUUAUUAAUGCAAACUAUGGUCGAAAUUUGGUAGGUAUAUGUCCAGGUUCUAAUGAUAUGAACACAAAAUGUAAUCAUCAUAAAAAGUCCUAUGAUGUUGUUCAAAGCAGCUGUUCAACUAAAUCUUCAUGUACUGUUAAAGCUGAAAAUGCAGUGUUUGGUGAUCCAUGUGUAGGAACGUAUAAGUAUCUCGAAGUACAGUAUAAUUGUAAACCAAAACCACAAGUUGCGCGAGCAUGCGAAGGAAACGAUUUAAAAAUUGAUUGUAAUGGAAAAGGAACAAUUAAUGUAGUGAAUGCAAACUAUGGUAGAACUUUGGCUGGUGUUUGUCCUGGAGCUAACGACUCCAAUACGAAGUGUGAUAAUCAAAAAAAAUCAAUCGAAAUUGUUCAAAACAACUGUUCCUCCAAAUCAAGUUGCAUUGUUAAAGCUGCCAAUUCAUUGUUUGGCGAUCCCUGCUAUGGGACAUACAAAUAUCUUGAAGUGCAAUACACAUGUAAAUGAUGUAAAUUUAUUUGGAUAUCUAUUACAUAAUACCAAAUUAAAACACUGCGUAAAUUAAAGUCGGCAAUUAUUUUUUUAAUUCGAAAAACAGUUUUUUUUUAUAAAAAAUUAAUUAUAAAGAAAAUUUCACGGUUGUAUUACCGUUUUAAGAGAAAAUAUAACCAAUAGUGAUAA